CGGGAACAGUCAGAUUGUCAAGGAGUUUAAAAUUAUCAUCAUGCCGAAAAAAACACAGAGAAACGCCUUCUAUUUCUUCAUGAAAGAAUUGGAACCUCAACUGCGGCGAGAGGGCCGAGUUUUUCCCAACGGGAUGGCAGAUGUGGUUCCUAUCGCUCAUCCGAGAUGGAAGGAUCUUCCUGCAAAAGAGAAGGAGAGAUUUGAGAACAUGGCUAAAGAGUUCAAGGCAAAGAUGAGGGGAACAGAAGGUGACAAAUAUCGCAUGGACACGAAGGGAAACAUUAUUGCUUACCGAAGGGAUGAAAACCAAGAACUGAUGAAUUACUUCAUAAAAAUGGGAAAGGAAGUGAAAGCCAAAUGGCCUCCGGGAGUGGAAAUUAUGGAUGAGUCCUUUUUCCUGAUUAACAUACAGACAUUGUGUGAGACAGAGGAGGGGGACUUCUUACCUUGUGAAAUAGCUUGUCUGGAGUUCAGUCUGGCUAAAGGAAUUAUCAAAACAUUUCAUAAAUUUAUAAAUCCAGGUAGAAUCCCAAUUGGCUUCAAGUACACCUGUAGGCAGAACAGUGAACUGACUCAUCAGAUUCCAUAUGAAAACUUUGAUAAGGCAGAAGCAGACUACAGUUGGAUGUGGACACAGUUGAAGAACUUUGUGAAGCCCAACAGAGAGAAGGAUGUGUACCCUCCUGUAUACUGCAGGCCAUCAGUAUACCGGGAAACAAAGAAAUGUUUGGAGUGGCUACACUUCAUGGCCAUGGACCGAGGCACGUGUAAGCUGGGGAGAGUACUGAACCUGGAAGGGUUACUGAUGGACCUCUACAAUCACAUCGGCCAAACCAUAAGCCACUCAGAAGUUGUCAACAUUCUCGGAACAACCAGCUACGAUUUCACCCCAAAUCACUUGUGUGAGUAUCAUGAAGAGUUGGAGUGUAAGUACUGCUCGCUGGGCAUCAUUCGCAGAUAUGCGUUUGUCAUGUUCGAUGAGUUGUCUGAGGUGUACCCAUUUGAGCUGACCCCACAGCACCUACCUGAGCGCCCAGAAGGGGACCUUGAGGUCACAGUUAUCCCCCCUCCCAAGGAAUCCAUCUUCCCAGCUCCCUCAGUAAACAGGGGUAGGAUGAGCUACAGCGAACUGGCUCGUAAGGGAGGUAACCAAGACAGAGGUGAUGGCAUGUUUACCUCACGAGAUUACAGAUACACUCGGCAGUUCGAGACAAGUGAUUCUGAUGAAGAGAGACACGAAAGAAAGGACGCCACAUCACUGAGAUUACCCAAGGCACCAGCAAAGUCAGCGGGCUCAGUGCAGUCUUUGCAGGGAUCCAGACCUCCAGGCGGUGUGGGAAGAGGUUUGGCUGUUAGACUAGAAAAUCCUGGGGUACCAAUCAGUGUGUUGAGAGCUCCAGGCAAUGUACCACAGACACCGUGGUCCAGACAACCGGGUGUGGUAGAACCAAGGCCUGGGUUAGGAGCAGGCCUUCCUGUAGGGAGGGGAAUGAGGCCCCAGGGUCCAUCACCUGGGCCCCCACCUUUGUCAGGCCCUGGGUGCACACUUCCUGCAGCAAGGCCUGGGAUGGCAAAUGGAGGUUGUGGGCGGGGUGUGCUGGGACCAUUAGCUCAUCAGAUCACACAGUUCCGGGUGCCCGUAGGACGGGGCUUUGCACCUCCCUCUAUGACAGCUGCAGUGGGUGAUGGAAUGGCCGGCAUGUCUCUCAGCAGUGACUGAGAGGAGAAUGAGGGUAUCUUGAACACUCAUCAAAGAGAUGAAGUAUGCAGGUAACCAGGGAUUGGGAAGUCACGGUGGAAGCCUGGAAGUCACUGUGGAAGCCUGUCCACUGAUCGUGUGACAGGAUGGGCUGACCAGAAGGUUCCCUGUGCUAUUGGACUCCAUCAGCAGAAUUGCUGCUAAAAUGUUCAUGAUUUGUGAUAAAUUUAUGGAGCCAAUGUUAGUGAGAUCAUCACUUUAAGGUUGUUUUACUUUGUAACUUUGUCUCUGUUUUAUUAAAAAUGACAUGAUGGUAACAUCGUCAUCUAAGAACAAAGUAGUUAUGACUAAGGUCUUUGUGUGCAAAGCCCGUUUUCAAGGUAGUCAGAUUUGAGUCAAAAUGUGAAGUGCUACAUGAACAAUGUUCCAGUGUGUAAACCAUCAAUUUUACUGUUGUAUUAACGUCUAAGAUUCGUUAUGCUUUUGCUCAUACUGUAUGUUCGGUGUGGCAAGAUGGAAGCUACCAAGACCGGUUCACAGAGCAGUUUAAUAAUGUCAGGAAUGUAUGUAUAUAGCACAGCAUAGUUUUGGCAAAAUCUGGUUUUGACAUGCAAAAUUCAUGUCAAAAAAUGUAGUUUAAACGUAUGUCUCUUCAGUACAGGGUAGAAAUCUUCAGCUGUAGUACUGUGUAAUCUUCAUGUGUAGUUUACUUCCAGUUUAAUGACAUAUGGUAAACUUUAUCACUAUGACAGGUGUAUGCUGUCAUUGCAAUCAAGUUUACCAAUGUUCAACCGAAUAUAUAAAUAAAAUCAGCAGUUACAUGUAACUGCUUACCAGUUUCAGAUGAUUCAUUUCUUUUAGGUCACAUUGUUAAACGUAUCAGCAAGAUGCAGUUCCUGCAUACGUCAGCUAUUAUCCAUAGUGUCAGGUGAUGACGCACACCCAGUAUAAACAAACUGGUGUAGGUAUACAGGAUGAAGGUCAAUCAGGUUAAAGGCUAUAAUUGUGUUUCUUGAUCAGAUUUUCAAGUUGGGUCAGUGCUAAUGGACAAAUCAUGUAACCAAUAUGCCCAAAUUAAACUGCUAAAUAAAAAAUAAUGGUGCUUUUAAAAUAUGCACUUUCCAUAA